AUGACGAAGAAUUCAUGGCUUACAUAUAUCUCCCUUAGAGCACAGUAUCGGUUUGGAAAGACACUUGGUGCAGGGACAUAUGGCAUUGUUCGGGAGGCAGACAGCCCUAACGGCAAGGUUGCCGUAAAGAUUAUUCUUAAGAAAAACGUGAAGGGAAACGAGCAGAUGGUGUACGAUGAGUUGGACAUGUUACAGCGACUUCACCAUCCUAACAUAGUCAGAUUCCAUGACUGGUUUGAGUCAAAGGACAAAUACUACAUCGUCACUCAGCUAGCCACUGGCGGUGAGCUCUUUGACAGAAUCUGCGAUUACGGACGAUUUACCGAGAAGGAUGCUUCACAAACGAUCCGACAGGUUCUAGAUGCCGUCAAUUAUCUCCAUGAGCGUAACGUGGUUCACCGAGAUUUGAAGCCGGAGAACCUUUUAUAUCUCACUACUGCGCAAGAAUCUCCCUUAGUCCUAGCGGAUUUUGGUAUCGCGAAGAUGCUUGACAGCGACACAGAAGUGCUUACAUCUAUGGCCGGCUCAUUUGGAUAUGCUGCUCCAGAAGUCAUGUUAAAACAGGGCCACGGUAAGGCCGUCGAUAUGUGGUCUAUGGGCGUCAUCACAUACACGCUUCUCUGCGGUUAUUCCCCUUUCCGGUCGGAGUCUCUCAAUGACCUGAUCGAAGAGUGUCGAUCGGGCCGCAUCGUCUUCCACGAAAGAUACUGGAAGGAUGUCUCCAAGGACGCAAAGGACUUUAUCCUCACUCUCCUCCAGCCAGACCCAACUCUCAGAUCAACUAGCGAACAAGCUCUACAACACAGAUGGCUCAAGGGUGAAACAGCCACUGAUCACAACAUUCUUCCUGAACUCAAGACCUACAUUGCUCGUAAUAGGCUGAAGCGCGGAAUCGAAAUUAUCAAGCUUGCCAACCGUAUUGAGGCUUUGAAGAUGCAGGAUGAAGGCGACGAUAUCCCCGGCACGACUCUUGAUGAAGCUGAGGAAAAGAAGGCCGAGGAUAAGCCUGCUGCGGAUGUCAAGCCGUCUGAUGGUGCAGCACCGGCUAACAAGGGUCGUCUCAGCAGACUUGCACGGGGCGCUAUAUUCAGAGAGGUAGUCCUCGCCAAGGUCCGGGAGAUGAAGCAGCAGGAGCAGCAACAACAAGUCGAAAAGGAAGCCCUAGAGAAAAUAGAGAAGGAUAAAAGGAAGUAA